AUGGUACUCAAACUCUACGGAAUCUAUCAAUCCACUUGCGUUCAACGUGUGGUCACUACACUCAAGGAAAAGAAGCUUGACUAUGAAUUGAUCCCUGUGGAUCUCUCGAAGGGCGAACACAAACAACCACAAUUCCUCGAGAAGCAACCUUUUGGAGUCAUUCCAGUCCUUGAAGAUGAUGGUUUCUUGAUUUAUGAAUCACGUGCUAUUUGCCGUUAUUUGGAAUCCAAAUACAAGGGCCAAGGUACUGAGCUGAUCCCAUCCUCAGAUGUGAAGACUUUGGGUUUAUUUGAACAAGGUGCAUCUAUUGAGACUUCUUACUUUGAUCCGCAAGUCAGUGGUCUUACUUUUGAAUUGGUCUUCAAAAACAUGUUCGGUAUGGGAUCUCCUGAUGAAGCUCGUGUGAAAAUACUCACACAAAAAUUGACCACUUAUUUGGAUGUUUAUGAAAAGAUCUUGUCCAAGCAAGAAUAUAUUGGUGGCAAUCAAUUCACUUUGGCAGAUCUGUAUCAUUUACCUUAUGGUAGCUUCUUAUUCCAUCCUCAAGUGAAUUUGGGUCAUUUGAUUAAUGAUCGACCUCAUGUUGCUGCUUGGUGGGAUAAGAUUACCAAGCGUGAUUCUUGGCAACAAGCAAAGAAGCUUGCAGGUCAAUAA